AUGCAGCGCGCUGGCGGGAGGUUUGGAGCAGAUGGAUACUGUAUCCGCGUAGGGCCUCCGGUAUGUUGCCGCUGCGUUGAGUUUCAUAAGUACAAGCCACACCUUUGAUUUACCUACCGUAUCUUCUUUACUGAUGAAGCUGAAACUACUUUGUGAUGCGUAUUGUCCCAGAUCUUUCUGUUAAUUGCCUAACAACAAACCAGUUUAGAAACAUCAACUGGAAUCAAUUUGCAUUUGAAAAUUAGAUCAGCACAAAGACUUGAUAUUGUGGAAUGACUAGCAAACAAGCAAUGUCAUCUAACGAACAAGAAAGGCUCUUGUGUUAUAAUGGGGAAGUCCUUGUUUUCCAGUUGUCUAAAGGAAAUUUUGCAGAUAAAGAGCCUACAAAAACACCCAUAUUACAUGUCAGAAGAAUGGUAUUUGACAGAGGAACAAAAGUAUUUGUUCAGAAGUCCACUGGAUUUUUUACCAUAAAGGAAGAAAACUGUCAUUUAAAAAUCAUGUGUUGCAACUGUGUGUCAGAUUUCAGAACUGGAAUUAACCUCCCUUACAUUGUGAUAGAAAAAAAUAAAAAGAAUAAUGUUUUUGAAUAUUUUUUACUAAUCCUUCACAGUACUAAUAAAUUUGAAAUGCGUUUGAGUUUUAAACUAGGCUAUGAGAUGAAGGAUGGCCUAAGGGUCCUUAAUGGCCCUUUAAUUUUAUGGAGGCAUGUAAAAGCAUUCUUCUUUAUCUCUUCUCAAACUGGCAAAGUUGUUAGUGUGUCAGGUAACUUUUCCUCUAUUCAGUGGGCAGGGGAGAUUGAAAAUUUAGGUAUGGUUUUAUUGGGACUAAAGGAAUGUUGUUUAUCUGAGGAAGAAUGUACUCAAGAGCCUUCAAAAUCAGAUUAUGCGAUUUGGAAUACCAAAUUUUGUGUAUAUUCUCUUGAAAGUCAAGAAGUAUUAAGUGAUAUAUACAUUAUUCCUCCUGCUUACAGCAGUGUGGUGACUUAUGUACAUAUUUGUGCAACUGAGAUCAUCAAAAACCAGUUAAGAAUAUCUCUCAUUGCCCUUACUCGAAAGAAUCAGCUGAUUUCAUUUCAGAAUGGAACUCCUAAAAAUGUGUGCCAGCUUCCAUUUGGAGAUCCUUGUGCAGUUCAACUUAUGGAUUCAGGUGGAGGAAACCUCUUUUUCGUUGUAUCCUUUAUAUCCAAUAAUGCUUGUGCUGUAUGGAAAGAGAGCUUUCAGGUUGCUGCUAAAUGGGAAAAACUUAGCUUAGUACUGAUAGAUGACUUUAUUGGAAGUGGAACUGAACAAGUACUCCUACUUUUUAAGGACUCCUUGAACUCAGACUGCCUGACUUCAUUUAAAAUAACGGAUCUUGGAAAAAUAAACUAUUCGAGUGAACCAUCGGAUUGCAAUGAAGAUGACUUAUUUGAAGACAAACAAGAGAAUCGUUACCUGGUGGUUCCACCUCUAGAAACAGGACUGAAAGUUUGUUUUUCUUCUUUUCGGGAAUUACGGCAGCAUCUGUUGCUUAAGGAAAAAAUUAUUUCAAAAUCUUACAAAGCUUUAAUAAACCUAGUUCAAGGAAAAGAUGAUAAUACGUCAAGUGCAGAGGAGGAAUGUCUUGUUCCUCUUUGUGGUGAAGAAGAAAAUUCUGUCCAUAUCUUAGAUGAAAAGUUAUCAGACAAUUUUCAAGAUUCAGAACAGCUAGUAGAGAAGAUAUGGUAUCGUGUAAUAGAUGAUAUCUUGGUUGUUGGAGUGAAAACUACAUCUUCUUUGAAGCUGUCCCUGAAUGAUGUGACUUUAUCAUUGUUAAUGGAUCAAGCCCAUGACUCCAGAUUUCGGCUUCUGAAGUGUCAAAAUAGAGUGAUUAAGUUGAGUACAAAUCCUUUCCCAGCACCAUACUUGAUGCCAUGUGAAAUAGGAUUGGAAGCAAAAAGGGUCAAGUUGACCCCUGAUAGCAAGAAAGAGGAAAGCUUUGUUUGUGAACACCCAUCUAAGAAAGAGUGUGUACAGAUAAUUACUGCUGUAACAUCUCUUUCACCACUUUUAGCAUUCAGUAAAUUUUGUUGCACUGUACUGCUACAAAUUAUGGAGAGAGAAAGUGGUAACUGUCCUAAAGAUCGUUAUGUUGUGUGUGGCAGAGUUUUUUUAAGUCUAGAAGAUCUUUCAACUGGGAAGUACCUACUGACAUUUCCAAAGAAGAAACCUAUAGAGCACAUGGAAGAUCUUUUUGCACUUCUUGCAGCAUUCCACAAAUCUUGUUUUCAAAUCACAUCACCCGGCUAUGCCCUGAAUUCAGUGAAGGUGUGGCUCUUAGAACAUAUGAAAUGUGAAAUAAUCAAAGAAUUUCCAGAAGUGUACUUUUGUGAAAGGCCGGGAAGUUUCUAUGGGACACUCUUCACUUGGAAACAGAGAACACCAUUUGAAGGGAUUUUAAUAAUCUAUUCCAGGAAUCAAACAGUUAUGUUCCAGUGCCUUCAUAAUCUCAUCAGAAUUCUCCCUAUAAACUGUUUCCUCAAAAAUCUAAAAUCAGGAAGUGAGAAUUUCCUAAUUGAUAAUAUGGCAUUUACUUUGGAGAAGGAACUAGUCACCCUUAGUUCUCUUUCUUCUGCCAUAGCUAAACAUGAAAGCAAUUUUAUGCAGAGGUGUGAAGUGAGCAAAGGAAAGAGUAGUGUCGUCGCGGCUGCUUUAUCAGACAGAAGGGAAAAUAUCCAUCCCUACAGAAAAGAACUUCAGAGAGAAAAGAAGAAAAUAUUGCAAACGAACCUAAAAAUCACAUGUUUUGGGGAAAGCCAGCCAACCUGCCAUGAGGACACUCAAGCAGCCCUAGGAAGAGUCCUACCUUGCAAAGAUCUGAGGCCUCCUGCUAACAGCCAGCAAGGAAUUGAGAACUCCAACUGCCAGCUUUUGGACUGGAAUCAACACCACCAGCUCUCCUGGUUCUCAGGUCUUCAGACUUGGACUGGAACUAUAUCAUUGGCUCUCCUGGAUCUCCAGCUUGCUGACUGCAGAUCUUGGGACUACUCAGCUUCGAUAAUCAUCCACAUUGGAAACCCCAGUCAAGCCUUCAGAUGACUAAAGCCUGAACUGACAUCUUGAUUGCCAAUGUGCAAGAGAUGCUGAGCCAGAACUCCCAGCUAAGCUACUUCUAAAUUCCUGACCCACAGAAAGUAUGUGAGACAGGAGACAGAAUUCAACUCUAUAUGAGGAUGAACUUUUAACAACUCUGACUGAACAUGGAACAUACCACCUUGGAAGGUGGCACAAGUGAUCCUGAACUUUUGCUGCUGUGUGCUGGACUUCUGUGAAUGUGAUUAAAGAAACGUUAGUACCAACAGGGAGGCAGUGAGGAGAAAAUUGAGAAAGGCACAACAUUAAAAGGUAAUGUACAGCAAAGAGGAUAUUUGUGCUUGUUUACUUGUUUUCCUUAUCUAUGGCAGGACAAAAUGUUCCUGAGAGGUAGCGAAGAGUGAGACAGGGCAGCUAACAGGAUAGAUUUAUCUCUUCCAGCCCAGAGUAUGUGCAGGAAACCUUUCAGUGGAUGCAGUCAGAACUCAGUGAGCUCAUACCCACAUAAACUCCUCAAUAUAAGCAAUGUCUCACAACAAAUAUUCAGCUUUACAUCUAGGUAUUUGCAGCAUUAAUAGGGACUGUGAAAUAUUUUUGUUUUCAUUCCAACAGAGUAGCAUAUAACUAUUACUUCACCAGCAGGAUUAAUUUAUCAAAUAUUUUCUGGAACAGAUUUUGAAAAAUCUUUCUCUCUCUACUGUACAUAAAAUGUUAACUUUAGUUCUCAAGCAAUAUUGUUACAGGAGGUAACAUUCUUCAUAUCAAAGGGUAUGUUUCUCUCCCAGAGUUUGAAAUGGAAAAACAGGUGCAAGCCUUUUGAUAGCCUCUAUGAGAUUGGGUUAUAAACCAGAACAGUGCUUUCCAAGCAUGUCUGCACACCAGAAUUGCCUGGGGAGCUGCAGAAAUACAGAGGCUGGUGCCCCUGCUAACAUUGAGGUUUAGUUGGUGUAAGGUGUGUCUAAGGCUUGGGAUUUUUAAAAUAUCCCCAGGCGAUUCUAAUGUGCAGGCAAGUUUGGGAACCACAGAACUGGAGAUCUUGAGCUAUGCAUUUCAAACCUGAAGUCUCUGGACAGUGUAAAGCUUAGAAUUCUGCACUAAAGUUUAAGUUGAGAUAAUGAGACCAGUCUCACUGGAUUUAUCAUGUUGCAAUCUACAUGGGUGUGGCAUAAUUUACAUAAAGCCAGAGCAAUUGAUGAAAAAAAGUCAAUCAGAUCAGUGAUGUACACGCACGCACGCGCGCACACACACACACUGUCAAUAUUUAGAAGAACCAGGAUUUUAAAGUAACUUUGUCAAAUCAAGUAUAUAUCCCCAAUUAGAGUUGCCAGAUAAAUAAAGGGAGCCCAGUUACUUCCGAAUUUCAGAUAAACAAUUUUUAGUAUAAGUAUGUCCCAUGCAAUAUUUGGUAUGUGCUUAUACUAAAAAUUGUUUCUUGUUAUCUGAAAUUCCAGUUUAACUCCAUGAUAUGUAUUUUUAUUUGCUGAAUCUGACAAUCCUCCCCAAUUUUAAAGGCCUAAGCUGAGCACUAAGUCAGUGUAGUAGGACAAAUCAGAACAAAAAUUAACCUUGGCUUCUUGCUUAUUGUGUGCUCUUCUGUUUUCUGAAUUACAUUGCCUAGCUAACCAACUCAAGCUCUACAUUGUCUGAACUGAGGGGCAAUCAUACCUUAUUCUGCCUCUUCUGUCUUCUUCGGAGGCGCAGGAACUCCUUGUGUUGCCUGGAGACGAAGUUCACCGCUGCGUAUUCCAGUAAGGCAGCAAACACAAACAGAAGGCACACCGCCAUCCAGAUGUCAAUCGCUUUUACAUAGGAGACCUGAGAGAGAGAGACACACACACACACACACAGAGAGAGAGAGAAAGAAAGACUAUGAAAGCUUGCCAGGAAACCAGAUUCUUAAUGGUGUGAGCAGCAAAAUAACCUAAUUUCCUUGGUCAAUGAUUUUCCAGCAUUUUCUUAAGAAAGUGCUUAAGCCAUUGAUUCUACUUUGAAGAUUCUGGGCAGAGCACUGAAAGUCACAUGCCCCUGAACCAGUAGCUUUAUUCCUGAGACCAGCUCCAAUGACUUCAAGAAUUUCCUUAAUGACAGAUUUUAAGUGUUCUCACUACAAAUAAAUAUGUGAAAUAAUGCAUAUGUUAAGUAGCUCAAUUUAGACAUUCCAUGAUGUGUACAUACAUUGAAACAUGUUAUACACCAUAAAUAUAUACAAUUUUUACUUAUCAAUUAAAAAUAAUUAUUCUCUUAAUUAGAAAAGAAAAACAAAACUUUGAGGCAAAAUAGAUGGGUGCUAUUAUUAAAACUGCUCACUUCUAUUUUUUAAAUUGACAUUUAAAAAUCAAUAUAAUUAAGAUAAUUUCAAAACAUGGAUGAGAAAUAAACUAUAUAUAGCCUUAGGCUCUUCAAAAGCCAAUCUGUAAUUUUCUUCAACUUACUGAUCCUAACUGACAUGAAAACACAGUUCUAAAUAGUUUUAAAUCCUCACAGUUAAAGAGUAUUCAACCAAAGUAAAAUAUCAGGAAUACAGCCUUGAGAAGGUAUCUGGUUAAAAAGAAAACUUUGAUAACCCUUCAGUGUUCGCUUAAGUGUUUAGUAAGUCUUAUAAUUUGACAAAGUAGAUUCUGAAAGCAAAUACUUUUUGCUUGCAAUGGAAAAUGCCCCUCAUCUCACUCGACUUACAAUUAUUUUUUCAAGUGUAAAAGGGAAAAAUAAUUGGAGGAAGCUAUAAAAUAUUGGAUCCUAGACUACAAAGAAUACUUAUUAAACUACCAUCUGAAUGUGUACUAUUCAGUUCUAAUUUUUAAAUAGAGUUUCCUAUAUUUUGAUAGCUGUCAAGUGCUUGCCAGCCAGUAUUUUAAGCAUUUUACAUGUGUGAAUUUUUUAACCCUUACAACAACUCAUCCCAAUUUUCUGAUGAGAAAACUGGGGUAAAGAGGGAUGAAAUUAUUAUCCAAGGUAACAAAAGUAAUAAAUGACAGAGUCAAGAUUGGAAUUGGAACUCAGUCUGACUAAUGGAUUUCCUUUCUGAACACACACACAACAACACAUUGCUAGGAUCACAGUUUGUAUCUUUGCAUUUCCCUUUGACCUUUAUACUGAGCAUUUCCCAUGUUACUUAUUUUUCUUCUAGAUCAUAAUUUCUAAUGCUUGCCUAAUGCUCUAUACCAUGAUUAAACAUUCUACAUUGUAGGACAUAUAGGUUAUUUUCUAUCUAAUAUUUUAUGACUGUAAGUUUUGCUGCUAUAAACAUUCUUCUCCCAAAAUAUUUGACUGUGUCCCUGAUUAUUUGUUGGAUCAACUUUUAGGUAAGUUACAGAAGUAAAGAUGUGAAAAUAGGCUCUUGAAUUAGAAGGUUUGCAGGAGCACAGUGGACAUAAAAGCAGAGAUUCUGGAGUAAGAUGCCCCAAUUAAGAAAUGCUGCUCUGCUACUAUCUGUAUAAUUCAGUUAUGUUAUUUAACCUCUCUCUGCCUCUAUUCCUCAUCUCUAAAAUAGGAGCAAUAAUAGUACCUACCUCAUAGAGCUGUUAAGUGGAUAAAAUCACUUAAUAUACAUAAAGAUUUUAGAAUAGUUUCAGAAAGUAGUUCCAAGAUGGCUGAAUAGGAACAGCUCCAGUCUACAGCUCCCAGCCUGAGCGAUGCAGAAGACGAGGGAUUUCUGCAUUUCCAACUGAGGUACCGGGUUCAUCUCACUGGGGCUCAUCAGACAGUGGGGGCAGGACAGUGGGUGCAGCCCACCGAGCAUGAGCCGAAGCAGGGCGAGGCAUUGCCUCACCCGGGAAGCGCAAGGGGUCAGGGAAUUCCCUUUCCUAGCCAAGGGAAGGGGUGACAGAUGGCACCUGGAAAACUGGGUCACUCCCACCCUAAUACUGCACUUUUGCAACAGUCUUAGCAAGCAGCACACCAGGAGAUUAUAUCCCGCGCCUGGCUCGGAGGGUCCCACACCCAUGGAGCCUCACUCAUUGCUAGCACAGCAAUCUGAGAUUGAACUGCAAGGCAGCAGCGAGGCUGGGGAAUGGGCGCCUGUCAUUGCUGAGGCUUGAGUAGGUAAACAAAGCAGCCUGGAAGCUCGAACUGGGUGGAGCCCACAGCAGCUCAAGGAGGCCUGCCUGACUCUGUAGACUCCACCUCUGGGGGCAGGGCAUAGCCAAACAAAAGGCAGCAGAAACCUCUGUAGACUUAAAUGUCCCUGUCUGACAGCUUUGAAGAGAGUGGUGGUUCUCCCAGAAUGGAGUUUGAGAUCUGAGAACAGACACACUGCCUCCUCAAGUGGGUCCCUGACCCCCGAGUAGCCUAACUGGGAG